GGGCGGGAAAAAUAGACGGACUGGGCGGAAGCCGUGUAUGCGUCGUCUGAGGAGAGCUGACCCUUCUCAUAGGUGGAAACGUCAGGGACGAAGAGUCCAGGAAGAGUACUGGCAGGUGAGGGUUGAGGGGGCCGCCACUCCUCGGGAGCGCCUAGCUUCCGGAGGCUGGGGACGUGGUCAACUCCGCAUCAGCCGAGAGGUGAACGCCUGGUCUUCACAGUGGAAUUGGACUGAUUGCUGAAGCUUGUUUUCUCAGCCCAGGCAAAUUUUUACAUUUUUACGUUUUUCUUACAAUGGCUUCUAUUCACAAAUUACUGACUGGUACUCAUAUUCAUAGACACUUCCUGAGGCCAGGGGCUAUAUUACCUCCAUUUGUGGGUAGUCAUUUUGUAGACUAUUCUUCCAGUAGUCUUCAGAAAAAAGUGGCUUCUGCUGACAGAGUCUCCCAGCAGGGAAAGACUGCAGAGGACUUACAAGGACACGACCGCAAAGAAGUUGCUUUGGAUGUACCUUCUGACAGGACACCUGAAGUUAGUUUUGAUAAAAUAAUAAGAGAUGAAGCAAUGGAACAUUUUAGACGUUUGAAGGAUGAAAUUGUAGCUCAUUUGAGAGGGCCAGAUGGCCGCUCACUACAGGAGGUCAUAAUGGAACAAGCCAGGGUUGUCUGGCAGUUUCGUGAGAAAGAAGAUUUGGAUAAGUGGACAGUGACUUCUGAUAAGACAAUUGGAGGUAGAAGUGAAAUAUUCUUGAAAAUGAGCAAGAACAACCGAAGUGCCCUGCUUUAUGGAACUCUGAGCUCUGAGGCUCCUCAGGAUGGGGACAGUAACCAAAGUGGAUACUGUGCGAUGAUCUCCAGGAUUCCAAGGGGUGCUUUUGAGAGGAAGCUGUCUUAUGAUUGGUCCCAGUUCAAUACUCUGUAUCUCCGAGUCCGUGGGGACGGCCGGCCUUGGAUGGUGAAUAUCAAGCAAGACACAGACUUUAUCCAGAGAAAAAAUCAGAUAUACAGUUACUUCAUGUUCACCCGUGGGGGGCCCUACUGGCAGGAAAUCAAGAUUCCUUUCUCCAAAUUUUUCUUUUCAAAUCAAGGAAGGGUACGCGACGUCCAGGGCCCACUUGUACUGGACAAGAUCUCUUCUAUAGGAUUCACUCUGUCUGAUAAGGUGGAUGGACCAUUCUUCCUGGAAAUAGAUUUCAUUGGUGUGUUUACUGAUCCAGCCCAUACAGAAGAAUUUGCUUAUGAGAAUUCUCCAGCUCUUAACCCAAGACUCUUCAAAUAGAGAACUGGAGACUUAAGUAAAGUGAUGGUCACAAGACAGACAAAGCCUGUCUGUCUACCCGGCCCCUACUUAUUUAAUGGCCUCUCAGUGGAAUCUCCUAGAAGUUCUUCUGGUUGCUUACAUAAAGCUAAAAUAAAAGAAAACACACUGAAAACAAAAUAAAGCCUUUCUGCCUACCAUCU